UUCAAAUAAAAGUUACUUCUAAUAUUAUUAUCUAUAUUUUUUGUUUUAUGUCAAAAUUUCCUGAAAUGGUCCGUAUUCGAGAAAUUUGACAAAAUGUGCAAAAUUCUCAUUUUUAUGAAAAAAAUAAAAGUUGUUUGCGAUGUCGAUCUCUAUAAUUUUUGUUUAUACAUGAUUUUUCUAAAAUGGACCGAAAUGAAAAAUUGUAGGAAAUAUAUAUUUUUCCGUAUUUUCGUUUUCAAUGAAUAUCUAUAGAAAAAUGUUUCUAGGUAGAUGUAUGUGGACAAUGUAUAUAUUUAGUUUAUCCUCUAAAUAUUUAUAGAGAUGUUGCAAUAGGUUGUACAAAAUAACCGGAAAAAGCCUAUAAUAACUAGAUAGGAAAGUCAUGUGUUGGACACAUCAGAUUUUUUAAAAACCAUGUUUAGUAGAUUUCUAUAAUAUAUACCUCACUGAUUCCAGAAAUCGAAUAGUUUUCUUUGUUCAGUAGAGUGUAGAUAGCGAUUUUUAUACUCUGCCAAUUUGACCGCUCUGAAGAAGCCGAUACUGGAUAAAUAAAUUUUUUUUCAAUUUUUCAUUAAUUUGGAUUCUCCCUGUAUGUUUUCCAAUCAACAAAUAUUCUUGUAAAGCAACAAAGUUUUAAUUACAUUACAAAACAUUUUAUUUAAUCAACACCUGACCACAAAUUAAACAAUUCUAAACAAUAACUAAUCUAAACAAAUACUUAGAAUUUGUUUAUAAUAUUGCGUUAUCUGCUGAAUGGACAAACAAUUGACCCAGUAAAAAUUUAUGCAAAUAUGCGGUAGUUUAUGCAAAAAAAAUUAGUACAGGAUUUUUUGUCAGAGAAAUCUGACUUACACAGUUUUAUUUUGAAAAUGCAAAAGUAAAAGUUUAGAAAAUGGAGAUUCAAAAACAAGUGAUUUUGUUGCUGGUAAUUAUCGUUGUCGAAUUUCAUUGUGAAGAAGCAGUUAUUGGCAAUGAAGGGUUAGAACUCCCAAAAGAAAAUGAAGAGUUUCAAGAAAUUAUCGAAAAAGAACUUAACUCGCCACUUUUAUCAGAAGUUAACGACUCUGAAUUGCCAGAGAAUCCAUUUGCUGUAAAAGAAAAAAGAUGUCCUAAAUAUAGACUAGGUUCACCAUUACUUGGCUCAUCUCUCAACUCAAAUAACGACGACAACAAAAACCACAAACUCUAUAAAACGUUUUGCAAAACUUGUCUAAUGAGAAACAACUGCGCUAGCAUAAGCGAGUGCCCUCUUUGCAAAAAAUGGUGUUCGUCAACAUCAAAACUUUGUUCAGAAACAGACGCGGAUGGCGAUACGAAAGGAAAACUUAGUGAAGAUGAACAACCGAAAGAUGAGAUGGUGUCUCUAGCGAAUCGGGGAAGUUUCAAUAAUGACGAGGAGAAAAUAAAAGAUAGUACUCAUAUUAUUAUCCUAAAUCGUGGCGAUUUACUUGAAAUUGUGCUUAGCUUGUUGGGGAUUCAUGAUACUACAAAUGUGCAGAAUAUGACUAUAUCAAUAAAAACCAAAGAAGGCAAACCAAUAGUUUUAAAUAACGAAGAAAAUUCAUUAAGAGAUGAAAAAUUGGCCGAAAAAUUAAAGGAUAUAUGCGCUUUUAGUAAAAAAUUUCCAAUAGACGAAGAAAAAAAUUCGAAUCAUGAGAAACUACAUGAACUGGUAGAAGAAUUAUUAAAUAAGUUACGUUCCUAUUCACCCGAUGACGGUUCACCAACUGCUUCGGCUAACGAUGAUUCUCCUGCUGUUGGUUCACCAAAUGAUAAUCCAGGAGUUGCUUCGAGACUUAAAGAUGCAGAAUCUAUAGAAAAACUACUCCAUCAAAGUCUGAUGAAUCCUGAUAUCAUUGAAGAUACUCCGGAUAUGGCACAGAUGGGAGAUCAGCGAAUUCGGACGAAUUCUGGUUUGUUGCAGAGUCCUGCAGAAGAACAGCAAAUUAAUAGCCAAUCUGGAAAUCCUGCAUCAAGAAAAAACUACGAACCAUUAAAUUCCAAAGACUUUAUUGAUAUAAAAGAUCAAAACCUUGGAACAUCAUUCAGUGGCAAUAAAAUAUUUGAUAACAACGAUUUUGAAGAAGAAGAGGAAGAAGCUGAAGAAAUACAAAAACCUUUAGUCGGUGCUGCAUCAGCUGCAAAACCGUUCUCGGCGAAAAUAAAUACAAAUUUUAAUCUAAAACCGCAAGAAGUUAUGGACAGACUCCAGUCACAACACAGUCAGAAUUCUGAAUUAAAUAAAAUAUUCGAUCACAACGAUUUUGAAGAAGGAGCUGAAGAAAUACAGAAACCUUUAAUGGGUGCUGCAUCAGCUGCAAAACCGUUACUGGCAAAAAUAGCUAAUACAAAUUUUGAUCUUAAGCCGCAGGAAGUCAUGAACAGACUCCAGGCACAACAUAAUCAGAAUUCUGAAUUAUUUAAUAAACAAUCAGAUGCAUUUAAUAAAAUUACAGACCACAAUCAUGUAGGAGAUAGUAAAAUAGAAGAAGCACAGGAAGCGACAUCGGCUGCAAAACAAUUUUCUCAAUUUAAUAAAAAUAAUGAAGACAAAUUAGGAGAACCAAUUAUUCAUUCUCUACAUCAUCAUCCUCUACAUCAUAUCCCCAUUAAACAUAUUCCUCAUCACCAUAAUAUUCACCAUAAUAUUCACCAUAAUAGUCCUCACCAUCAUAUUCCCCACCAUCAUAUUCCACAUAAUUUAUUUGACCAUCAUAGAUCAAGUGAACCUGAUGACCAAUUUGCAACUGAUGACAGUCAACUUUUUAAAAAUAGAGAAAAUGAAUUAAAUUCUAGAUUUAAUCCUCAACAAUAUGGAGAAUCAUUAUAUAGUCCAAUAAAUUCUAGAUUCUCUUCGCAGCAAUAUGACAGCCCUGUUGGACAAACAUUUAACGAGUUCAAUAACCGAUUGGUUCCUCAUCAAUAUAAUAAUAUUGAUCAAUUAAAUUCUCGAUUUAAUCCAGAGCAAAUGAAUGGUGUCGUUGGACAAUCUAAUGAUAGAAAUAAUCAGUUUAAUUCUGGAUUUGCCUCACAGCAAUAUAAUAAUCCUGUCGGUCAGACAUUCUAUAAUAGAGAGAGUGAAUCCAAUCAUUUACUUCCUUUCCAACAAUUUGAAAAUCCGCAUGGACAACCAAUGAAUAGGAACAGCAAAUCAAAUUCAAGAUUUGUUCCUCAGAUGUUUGAUAGAAAUGCAAAUGUUCCAUCAGAAGUUGGUUCUAGUCAUAGUAAUGAAGAUGCAAUAAAAUUGUCUUCAUCUGAUGAUAACUCAUUAUUCUUCCAUGACAAAGAUAAACACAAUAAAAUUGAAACUCCUACUAGUCGUAGCCAAUUUUUAGUAGGAUCAAAAGACCCACAACAUUAUGAAAGUUUGAAUUCCGAUAUAAAUAUUGAUAACAAGCAUCUGGACAACCAUCAAAAAACUAAUGAAGAUAAAACAAAUGUUGUAGUGUCUAUGCCGAAUGUAGAUUCAGGAAAAAAUAAUCUAGGCAUAAGCAGUGACACAUUUAAUUCCAUUGAAAAUGAUUCGCAAUCGAAGCAAAAUCCCUUUAGUGCUAGAGCUAGUGAGCUGAUGAAGAAACUGAAGGAUAGGCAAGACCAGACGAUGCAGAGAUUGGAAAAUCAGAAACAACAGUUAGAAAAAGCGAAGGAAAAUAUUUUGGGUAUGGUCAAACCAGUAGAUGGCGUUAAAACGUUUGAUAAAGACACAAACACCAGUCCAUCAAAGACAAGUGACGAUUCCAAAUUACAAUCCACUCUUGAAAACAUUCCAAACGAAAGUAAAAACAUUGCUGCCACAGCUGACACAUUCCUUAGAUCUCAAUCAGCAUUAGAUAAAGUGAAAGAUCUUUCCAAUUCUCAAAAUCAACAAAAUACCAACGACUUGCCUCACCUUUUAAGUCGAAAUAAUGAGGAAAUUGUUGGCAGCCAACCUUUAGAAAAUAGCUUUGAAAGAAUGGCGCCCGACAACGUACCUAAUAGUCGUUCAUUCUCCAAUUCUAGACCUGCAAGUAGCAGACAAACUCUUCCCGAAGAAGAUCCUUUGGAAGCACUUGAUCUAGAUAGAGACUCAGUAGUUGGAAUGCCUACACCUGAUGUAGAUACUCGUGGAAAAUUUGAAGAUUCCAAUUCUUUAGGAAAAAUUAUUCCCGCCCAAAAAGAUGCUGAUAUAUCUUUCAAAAAUCUAUCUGAUAUCUACUUCAUUGGCAAUGGCAUUAAACUCCCUCUUCAAAUGGUAAGAAAAAGCGAUGGAGCUGUGCAUUUUUCAAUAGACGUCGAUAAACUCUGCUCUUGCAAUAACACUUCUUGUCCUAAAAACCACACAGCAAAAGAACUCGAGCAAACUGUUGAAGCUAUAUUGGAAAAAGAAGCUGAACUCAAGAAUGAAUUAGAAGAUUUUGGUGAUGUGCCGCUAGGGAUGGCUGCGCCUAAUAUAAAUUUUGAUAACGAUCAUAAAGAAAAAGAAAGAAACCAAAGAGAAAUAAUAAGGAAAAAUAAUUUUAUCAAUAUCAAAAAUAGAAUAGCUAAUAAGUUUUUGAAUUCCAUAGAAGACGAAAGAGAUGAUUUUAGGAUAAAAAGAUCUAUUGAUGAAAACGUUGUCGAAUCCGAUGAACAAGUAUUUGAAACAGAAAAUAUAUCACCGUCUAUCACACGUGUUAUUCGAAAAGGUUUUAAAGAUAUAAAAAAAGCAAUUUCAAGUAUACCAAAAAAUACUCAGCUCGUAACAACUCGUCUUCUGAUGCCUGAUGAUAGGAGUAAUAUCAUGCAACCAACGCACAAUAUUUUCGAGUCCAAAACUUUAGAAGAUAACAACGAAAAUGUCAUUCCCAUUUCUAAAUUAUAUAAAUUUAAAGGCUUAGAAGAUCAGCUUGCCAAAAAGAUUGAAAACAUUGAAAAAACCGUAGAUAAUUAUUCCAAAAUAGAUGACCAGAUUUUUGAAAACGAAUCGGCUGUUUUAAAUAAGUUCAACGAAAAUCCGAUAAUAAAGAAAGAAGUCGGUUUGGCCAGCGAUGUUUUAGGAUUUUUCAAGAAGUUAGCUGUUGAUAGUGCGAAACAUAAGAAUUUAUAACGUAAUGAUUUUAUAUUUUUUAAGGAAACAUGAAAUUAUAAAAAUAAAAAUAUUUUAAAUUGA